UCGAUGACUCUUGCAGCAUACUUAGUGAUAUGCUAUUGAUUAGUUUUACAGCAUACUAAGUGAUAUGUUAUCGAUGACUUUUACAGCAUACUUAGUGAUAUGUUAUCGAUGACUUUUACAGCAUACUUAGUGAUAUGUUAUCGAUUACUUUUACAGCAUACUCAGUGAUAUGUUAUCGAUUACUUUUACAGCAUACUUAGUGAUAUGUUAUCGAUGACUUUUACAGCAUACUCAGUGAUUUGUUAUCGAUUACUUUUACAGCAUACUCAGUGAUAUGUUAUCGAUUACUUUUACAGCAUACUCAGUGAUAUGUUAUCGAUUACUUUUACAGCAUACUCAGUGAUAUGUUAUCGAUUACUUUUGCAGCAUACUCUGUGAUAUGUUAUAGAUUACUUUUCAGCAUAGGGGUACUCAGUAAUAUGUUAUUGAUUACUUGUUCAGCAUACUCAGUGAUACGUUAUCGAUAACUUUUGCAGCAUACGUAGUGAUAUGUUAUUGAUUACUAGUACUUUUUCUGCAUACUCAGUGAUAUGUUAUCGAUUACUUUAGCAGAACAUUGUGAUAUGUUUUGUUUUUUCUGGUUGCACACUCUGUUGUAUAUGUAUCAUAUGCUAAUCACUCUGUAAUUUGAUGUUCACUCUGUUAUAUAUGAUUUAUUAAUAAAUUUUUUCCACACACUCUGCGAUAUACAAUUAAUAAAUUCUUGUAAGAAAUGCUACUUAGCAAUGAAGGCAUAAAUGUAAAAACAAUCCUUAUUAUUGGUGGUGGUGGUGGUUGUGGUGAUGAUGAUGAUGAUGAUGAUGAUGAUGAUGAUGAUGAUGAUGAUGAUGAUGAUGAUGAUGAUGAUGAUGAUGAUGAACUAUUCCAAUAUUUAAUACAAAAGCGUACUUUAGUUUUCUUCAUGAUUUUAAAACAUUUUUAAACAGCACAUGGUGAUGUUUAUUAUCUUAAAGCAUGGAAAUUAAACUGUUAAACAAUAGCAGAUCAGAAAGUAUUUUGUUGUGGUCACUGUUAUAAAAGGGAGAAAAAAGGAGAAAUUCUUUUACAAAACAAUAAGACCAAAAAAUCACAAUAUUUCAAAUAAAGUAAUGCACUAUUAAUUAUCUCUGUCAUGCAUGUUUUCCAUUUCAAAAAGAAACCACAUCAUUGUCCAGAGAGAAGCCAGAAUACCACGACGGAAAGACAUUUAUCAAAAGCAGGGAUGAAAGUUCCAUUGAAGGAAUUCUAGCCACGAAUAAAUCCAAGGCAAAGUUUCAAAACUGGUUAAAAGCUAAAGUGUCUCAGGAACCAGAUAACGAAGAUGAUGAAAUGGAAGACCAUGUAGAUGAACUCAAAGAGCAUAGUAGGGCAGUUAAUUCCGGUGCAAACAAAACUGUGUACAGGAGCGCUAAUUAUAAUGAUGGCUCAAUUCGGGAAAAUGGCUUGCGAGUUGCUAACGGUGUUAAACCCAAAGUGCUUUAUCCACUAAGUGUUAGGUCAGAGUCGACUGACCUCGGUUUUAACAGCGAAGAUGAAACAGGUGAGAUCACUGCGGCCACACUUCUCUCCCCUGAAGAUUUUGACUCGCGAGCCGACGAUAUUAUAGCGAGAGUGAAAGGGGAUUUGAAGCUCUCCACCAAAUACUCAAAUGGGGACUUCAAUAACGUAUCAAAUGCAGCAAGUUGUGUGGCCAUGAAGAGUUCCCCGUCCAAAGAGGCUGAUGUUAGUGAGAACAGCCUUGCCAUUGAUGUUUGCCCUACUUGUGAAAAACUAAUGAUGCCCCCCAGUUCUAGCGCCAUACUGCUCAUCCCGUGCGGUCACACCCUGUGCAGGAAUUGCAGCCUUCGCAUCAAGUAUUGCGCAAUGUGCGGCUGUGCUGUGCAGUCCACUACCCCGAACAUCAUGCUGCAACAGAUCAUCACCAACUUACACACUAAACAGACACACAGACAGACAACCAGUACAUCCAUUCGCACGAUACCGAAAAAAGAACUACGUAGAAGAAUACCAGAAUCUCCUAACGAGACGAGAUAUUCUUAUGGAGGAAGCAGAGAAUAUCACUUCCGUAAUAGAAGAUCUCUCUCAUCAGUUGAACCGUGAACGGAAACAGGUGUACAGCAUUGAGAGCAAGGAAAAGCUUGUGGAAGCUGAAAUCUCAAAGCUUCAACAACAACUAGAGCAACUGGACAGUCAUUGGAUAGAGUACGAGAGAAAGUGUGGUGAGAUAGAGAUACAGUCAAAAGAGGAAACCAACCGACUGAACCUCGUUAAAGACUCUCUAUCAUCUGUUCAGCUUCAAAUAGACAAGGUGAAACUUCUAGCCGGCCACUGAGGCAAUACAAGAAGAAAAAUAAGUUGCUUAAAUAAGAAGACACAUGCUGUCAAUAUCUACUGAGAGGAUACAACAGUUCCUCCCCCUGAUCAAUCACUAGAGUUACCUUCCUUGGUUGUUACAACAAUCACAAGAGUUGCCUUUCUGCAAUAUAGCAUCAACCAUUCCCCUAAAAACUUUGCCAAGCAAAAUGUAACUUGGUAGAAUGAAAGUAUACAAUGGAUUUGACAACCUUCAACUUUCAUAAACUGGUAAUAUUUGUCUAGUAAUACAUGUUUAUUUUGUUUUAGGAGCAAUGGAUUACGGUGGUGGAAAAAUAUCCAUGAUCUUAAUAAGUUGUUUGUUUUUAUUGCUUUUAAAGUUUAAAGUUGUGUGCUUUCAUAAGUGAUAGGGAAUCCAUCUUUAAUAACAAUGCUUUUUGAGUGCAUGCACAAACCUAUAAUCCUUGUUGAGUUGGUUGACUUUUUGAGCCGCGUUCUGAGAAAA